AUGGACGAUUCGAAAGAAAAACAACUUACCGAUGACGACGACGAUGUGAGUGUGAUUGCUGCGAUAGGAAAAGAAAACGAUCGGUCCCCGAUGCAACGACAGGACGAAACGUCGGACGAGGGCCGACGAGUGUUCGAGCUGAGCGACGAACGAUGCAAAAUGGCACUACGCAAGCAGCUUGAUCUGGACUCGUUAUCGACCGAGCAGGACAACGCGGCCGAGGACGUCGAGGUCCUUCAGAAACUUCCGGCUGGAACGAUCGUCAUUAAACGGGAGAAAAAGUACAAGGACGACAGUGAUUACGUGAGGGACUCCACCGAGACGAGUAGCGGGGCGUCGUCUUCCAGCAGCGGGGUGACCAAAGUCAAAAGGAUUCAUCGCACCGCGAGGAAGAACCGCGGAGCGGCGGAAGUCAGAAGAAACCCGACGCGCGUCACGAAGAGAGACCCGGGCAAAGAUUUCUCCCGUCCACGUCAACGGUUGCUCUCUGCAAAACGCAAGGAGAUGCUCUUCAAUUCUGAACCGAUCAGACGUGGGAAAUCCUCCAGCAUGCCUUACAUGAACACGAGGUCUGUUACACGCAAAAUGUACAAUGUGGGGGCAACUUACCAGGCGCCCACCAUAAGAGAUGAAACAGAGUGGAAAGAGUGGCCUGUUCAUGGCAUGCACGAACGACCGGUGUUUCAUCCACAAGUAGGCUACUUUAUUGAAGUUGGUUUGGCUGCAGAGUACUUGGGACGUUACUUCAUGAGCUUGGACGGGCUCUCAUACCGAGAAAUAAUCGAUAGACCGGAGAUCGAAGUGGUGUCCGUGGAUCCUCACUGUGACUGCCUGCCGUCGUCCGCUGAAAAAAAACAUAGAAAGAAAGUCAAGUCGAACAGAGGCCCUGCCGCUUUCAAAAGUGGCGCUCCGAGAUCCUCGGAGCCGUGCGAGACAGACAAGUCCUUCGAGACCUGCAUGCAUGAAAGUUUCCACUGUGUUCUUGGCUACUGCUCUCAGAUAAUGGCGCCGAGUUACAAGACGAACGUAGAGGGGAAGAUGAACACGUUGAACGAGAGUAAAAGCUUACCCGAUGCUGGCAAGGAAGCGGCGAACGCUUCAAAGUUGAACUCCAAAAGUAACGCUUCCGCCAGUUUUAAAGAGAAUUUGCAGAAACUGGCGGAGGAGAACAAGUUCCUGGACAAUUGCGGGGUCACAUUGCUCCCUCAGAGCGUGAAAAGCUUCGCUCAGGUUCCAAAAACACGAUUGUUCCCUGCUCAAAAGAUUUACGUAGCCAACUCGCAAAAGUCCAUUGCGUUUACUAAUCUCAAAACUUUUCAAGGCGGGCACAUGAAGAUCCAGGAAGUGGUGCGAUCUUCGAAAAGCCCUUUUAUUUUAGUGAAUCCCUUAGAGGCGAAGGACACGCAGCUUUUGAAACCAGGCACUAGCAACCAGGCGAACGUGAGCAAAGUGGAAGAAUCCUCGACCAGCGAGGAAACUCUAGGUGAAGUGACCUCUAUAUAUAAGAACAUAUCUAACGAGGAGGUGAAACAGCCUUCUGGAAAGCGAGCGAGUAAAAUGGAGUUCACGAUGACGAAGUAUCUCCUUGAUAACACGCAACAGAACAAGGUUCAGUCGGGAAGAGAGCCGAAUUCUGUCGAGAGAAGAACGUGUUACGAGACGACUAACAAACAAUUGAACCUGAAGACCAUGUCUGGCAGUCUGAGCAAGACCUGGUGCACUGGCGAGACUUCGGAAAUAGCGAAGAUACUUUCAGAGUACAAUAAAAGCAAUCUGAAAAAGUCAGCCACGGAGAGCCAGACUUCUUGGGCUAAUGUGAAGAACAUCAGAGUGAAAGAACUCUGUAAGAAAGAGGAGAAGACUAGGCAGAACGUUCAGGAGAGUGCCGUGGACAGAAAUGUGAAUAUAACUUUCCCCCAGGGAAAAUGGCGGCGCUUUCAUUUGACCGUGGAGAAGUUGAAGGAUUUAAAAAGCAACUCGAACGACAAACGACACUGUUUGGGGGUUCUGAAUAAACAGUCGUUGUUUAAAAUUGACCAGACAACUGGCGAAACAUCCUCCGAUAAAAGAACCGAGGUCUCUAAACAAAUGGAGACAGUUCAAAAGGGGCAAUCGAGCGUAACGAACUUGGAGAAGAAAGAGAACACCUCGACGACGAGUAGCAGCGUAAAUUCAGCUAUUGCGAAGACACAGUCUCUGCAAGAAUUACUAGAAAAUACCGCUAUGUUGUAUUGUGCCGCCACUGGAACUCACCAAGACGAUUUAGCUAAUUAUAUCGACAAUUUAGACGCCGCACAAAGCAUACAAUGGUUAGAGGCCUGCAAUGACCUAAUUGUAUGA